CACUACCCCCGUGUGGGCGGCGGAACGUCCCGAGGAUGACGUGCGGCGUUCUCGGAUCCCGUGUCUCGCUCGCUCGCUCGCCGCCGCCGAAGGAAACGGGAAAAGCAACAAGGAGGCAGGAGCAGGCGCGGCGCCAUGGCGGCCCUGGAGCGGCCCGUGCCCAGUCCCGAGGCGUUCCUGGGCCAGCCCUGGGCCGCCUGGGUGCGGGAGGCCGCCCCCCCGCACGCGCACGGCGCCGCCCCCCCGCACAGUGUGGAGCUGGAGGAGGCUGGAAAGGAGGGCGCGAAGAGCAGGGAGGUGAUGAGGCUCAGCAAGGAAGAUAUGCACUUAUUUGGCCAUUAUCCAGCUCAUGAUGAUUUCUAUCUUGUAGUGUGCAAUAUCUGCAAUCAGGUAGUCAAGCCACAGGUUUUCCAGUCGCACUGCGAACGAAGACACGGUUCAAUGUGUAAACCUUCCCCUUCUCCAGCUUCUCCAGCCUGCAAUUCCAGGACAUCCCUAGUACAAAUGAAACCGAAAUCCUGUAUCAGUGGCCAUAACCCUGUCAGCAGCAACUCAAAGCCAUUCAAAACGCCCAAAGACAAUCUACUUACCUCCAGUAGCAGACAGCACACAGUCUUUCCUUCAAAAGUAUCACGGGAUAAACCAUGUGUUCCUGUUCCAGUAGUCAGUCUAGAGAAAAUUCCUAACCUAGUGAAGGCAGAUGGUGCCAAUGUUAAAAUGAAUUCUGCAACCACUACCACCAUCACCUCCUCCUCAGCCUCUUCAUCCACCAUACCUGCUCCAACUUUGGUUAAAUCUGGUUUGACAUCUAAGUCAGUGCCACCAUCACCAGAAAAGAUUCUGAACGGCAAAGGAAUCAUAGCUCCAUCAAUAGACAAGAAACACCAAAAUGGCACUAAAAGCAGUAACAAGCCUUACAAAAGACUUUCAGAAAGAGAAUUUGACCCAAAUAAACACUGUGGAGUACUGGAUCCUGAAACAAAGAAACCUUGCACAAGAUCGCUCACCUGCAAGACUCAUUCACUUAACCAUCGACGAGCAGUUCCAGGCCGUAAAAAACAGUUUGACAUCCUUCUAGCUGAACACAAAGCUCGGUCCAGGGAAAAAGAAGUUGCAAAAGACAAAGAGCAUCCAACAUCUAUAAGGGAAAGCUAUCAGAGCCAGCCCACACCAGCACAAGACUCUCUGUCAGGAUCUUCAGUGAACUCUGGGCAAGAAUCUAAAGUAACUUCUCCUGCAAAAUCUAGACCACCAAAUUCUGCACUUCCAAGACCAUCAUCUGCAAAUAGCAUCAACAGCAACAGUUCUUCAAACCACAGUGGGUAUGUACCAGAACUGCCAUUGCCUUCUGUGGGAGGAGAUUUAACUAGCAGAUUAUCCAGUGAUGAAGGAGAAGUGGAUGGAGCUGAAGAAUCUGAGAAAUUAGACUGUCAUUUUUCUGGACACCAUCCCAGACCUCUUGGGUUUUGUUCAUAUGGCAGUCGCUUAAUGGGAAGAGGGUACUAUGUUUUUGAUAGAAGAUGGGACCAUUUUCGAUUCGCACUAAACUCCAUGGUAGAAAAACAUUUGAAUUCACAGAUGUGGAAGAAAAUUCCUCCUGCAGCAGAUAGCCCCAUGCCUUCUCCAGCAGCACAUGCCUCCACUCCUUUUCCAGGAUCAGUCUUGCAGCCUUUCAGCAACCCUAGUGCAGUGUAUAUUCCUUCAACACCUAUCAGUUCAAGAAUCACCUCUUCUUACAUAAUGACGUCAGCCAUGUUACCAAAUGCAGCCUUUGUGACGGCGUCGGAUACAAAUUCGAUCAUGUCGCACACUACAGCUUUUCCUCAUGUGGCUGCAAGUUUAAGUAUCAUGGACUCAACUUUCAAAGCGCCAUCAGCUGUGUCACCAGUGCCGGCAGUCAUCCCUUCCCCAUCCCACAAGCCAUCCAAAACAAAAACCAGCAAAUCCUCAAAAGUUAAAGACCUGUCAUCUCGUAGUGAUGAGUCUUCAAGUAACAAAAAGAAAAAGCCGCAGUCAUCAUCGUCGUCUUCAUUAUCUUUGCAGACAUCUUCCUCAUCUUCAUUUUCAGGGUCCCACAAAAAGAACUGUGUCCUGAACCCCAGCUCAACUUUGAACUCCUAUCAGGCUACAUCUUCCUAUAACAGUAUGUCUGUGCACAAUACAAAUAAUGGAACAAGCCCACUCAGUGCCAAAUCGGAGCCCUCAGGACGGACUUCAUUAUCAAGUAGCUCAGCAGACUCAGUAAAACAUAUGAGCAUGGUAGUAAGCAGUAUUGACUCUUCUAAUUUGUCUGUAUCUUCUCUUGUGCACCACUCGGGGGACCACUCCCUGGGAGCACAUAAUGCAGUGUCUUCUCUACCCCUUUCUUUCGACAAAUCAGAAGGAAAAAAACGUAAAAACUCUAGUUCUAGUAGCAAAGCCUGUAAAAUCACUAAAAUGCCUGGUAUGAAUAGUGUUCAUAGAAAGAGCACUGCCAACCUUAUUUCUGCGGUGCCAGAUCCUACAAGCAGCUCCAUCUCUCGGCAGAUUGGAAAAAAUAGCAGUGUAGCUUUGUCACAAUCCAGUCCUUCGAGUACAUCAAACCCGGUACACAACAGACAAAAGACAUCAAACCGGACUGGUAGAAUAAGGACUCUUCCAUAACAAGAAAAAGGAACCAGCCUAUAAUCUCUAGCUCUCAGCAGCCCUACUCCACAGGGUUUUUCUUUUCUGUAUCCUACAGAUGAAUUUAACCUUUUAUGAAUUUGUGGUUUUAAAAAGAAUUAAAUUUAUAGAAAACUGUAAUAGUGAUUUGUUUAGUUUUUCACUUGUAUUUGCCACUGAUCUGUGCAUUCUGCUUAGUUAUGUUUCAUGCCUUUUCAAGCUGUUAGCGUUGCAAUGCUCCCUUUGAUUCCUUGUCACAACACUUUGGACAUUCAAAAAACAAAAUCAGAUCAUGAUUUAAAUUUAUUUUAAAUUAUCUGCAAUUUUUUAAUUAAACAAAAACUACAGUAAUUCUGUAUUUAAGCUUGUCCUAUGGAUAAAAAUUGGGUGCAUUUCUUAGCAAUUUGCAAACAGCUGGGGGCACUGCAACUUUAGGGACUAAUCCUGACUGGUGCUCUGUACCCACAGCAUUUAUUAAUUCCAGUGGGAAUUCUGAGUGUUCAGCCUCUUCCAGGAUCAGGCUCUUAAGGAAUCUAUACUUAAAUCAAUGCAUAGAGGAUUUUUGCACCAAAUGGCAAUUAAUGUUACCAGAGGCUCAACAUGUAAAAUCCCCAUAUCUUGAUGGAGUUCUAGACCCUGAAGAUCAUAGUACUUGAUAAGUAAGUUUGCAAGGACAGGAGUUGAGCAGAUUGGCUUGCAUUAAUAGAAUUGCACUGACAGUGUUUCUUAUAGGAUUACUGAAUAAUUUUUUAAUAAAAUAUAGAUUUUAUAAUCAGGAAACCAAUACUAGGUACUGGAACAAUAGUACAGAGGAGUUAAUUUUUAUUUCUACAGUGUUAAAAGUGCACUUAUAUGCUGGUUUAUUUACAUCUUUGGGAAAAGGCGAGAGACUGCAAAUAGGGAGAUUAUUACUACUUUCUUUUUUAAAAAAAGAAGGCUUAAGGCAAAUUUUAAGACUUAAAAAUGUUUAAGCAAUUAUAAACAAGGCUAGACCCUUUGAAAAAAGUUUAGAAAUAUUCCUAAAAUAAAUUUUAUAGUGUUAAUUUUGUAAUAAUUUAUGUUUUGCUAUACUUCAGAGCUAA